AGAUUGAUGGUUAUAUAAACGGAGUGUCUCCCAACCUAUGCACAAAUCGAAAAGGUCGAGUGAUGCGCCAUAGCUAUGAGUUGGCGUCCCGGUAGCCGACACUUAUUGUUGCUGUUCUUAUCAAUAGCUGAAAGUGCGGUAUUUGCUCGACGAGACCUCCGACGGCAAAUUCCGUUUGUAUUCACGGCCAAAUUGUACAAUGUAUCAUUAGAAGAAAAUGCUCCUGGAACGGAAUUUGCCCGUUCAUCCGAUCAUGUUCGAAUCGGUGUCCCAUUGCCGCAUAGCGAUGCCACUGUCAAAUUCAAGAUCGUUGAGGGAGACCGACAACAUCACUUCAAAGCACAUUCUCGUCAAGUGGGAGAUUUUGUGUUUUUACGAAUACGACAGAAAGACCGGAUGGACACACCUUUGAACAGAGAGCUCAAAGACCACUAUGAUUUUCUAAUAAAAGCAACAUGUCGGCAAAAAGAAGCGGGAAACCUCGAGGCCACAGCAAAAGUACACCUUACCAUAACUGAUCGUAACGAUGCGAUGCCAAUUUUCACAUUAGAAGCGGAUCAGUAUGAAGCGACAAUUAGCGAUCAGCUUGCACCGUUUUCUGAUGUGAUACGUGUCGAAGCAUCGGAUGCUGAUGAAGGGAUCAAUGGGCAGAUCUAUUAUUCAUUAGUGAAUCGAUCAGCGGAAUUUACUGUGGAUCCUAUUACUGGAUGGAUUCGCACGUUAAAGCAUUUGCAUGGUGGCAUUUAUAAGUUACAAGUACGAUCAGAAGAUAGAACAUCGAGACUGUUUUAUAAUGAUCCGGAUCAGAUACAACCUGCAUGGACCAAGGAUGUAGUGAUAACAGUGACCGAAUCAAAGCGGCGUCAUCUGAAACUUCUCGUCGCCAAUAAACUGAUCAAUGGAUACCGCUCUGACAUCGAACAACUAGCGGCUGUUAUACGAGUUGAUAUACCGCCAAAUGAGGUCGAGCAAGGAGGACCGAUUCAUCUAGAUGUUGUCGAGGACGACUUGAAACACUGGUUUUCGUUGAGAGAAAGCGGAAGGCUGGAGUGGCAGUUGUAUACGAUUCCUGGUCGACUCAUCCCACAACAGACGAAUGUCACCAUAUCGGCUGGACAAGAGCACCCGUUGAGUGGUAUGAUCAACACGACGGCGAACAUCAAGAUCGAAGUCGGCGAACCACAUUCGAUCGUUUUUGAUGAGUCAACGACAUCUUUCAAUGUCAACGAAUCGGCUCCAUUAGGAUAUGUAAUUGGACGUGUAGCUGCUAGUGCAAUGUACAAAAAAGAUGAGAGAAAUAUUAGGUACUACUUGGAAUUGCGAGAAAACACAACCGUUCCAUUCGAAAUCUCUGAAAAGUCGGGUAUUAUUCGGGUAUCACAGGAACUAGACUACGAAACUCAAAGAGAAUAUAGCUUCAACAUCCUUGCGAAGUUGGCUGGAUUUGGAGGACAAAGUUCACAAGUGGUUACUGUAUUCGUGAAAGAUUCGAACGAUCAUUCACCCUUAUGGUCUGCUAAAUGGAUGCGACAGGGACCGAUCGCGGUAUCUAGUGAUACUGCUGUAGGAACAGUUGUCCUCAAGGUGGAUGCACUGGACUUGGACUCUGGAGAGAAUGCUCGCAUAGGAUACAAACUGUCAUCAGAUUCCAAUGUGCCCUUUUCAGUAGACUUUGAAACUGGAGAGAUAUCUUUGACCAGAAAAUUGGGAAAGGAUGAAAAUGACUGGAACGUUACUGUAUGGGCCGUAGAUGCUGGGAAACCAUUGCCAAGAUCUGCUUUCCUUAAUUUGGUGUUUUAUCGGAAUGGAACGAAAGUGCCACCAAAGCCAAAACCUGUUGUUGGCACUGAGCCAAGCAACACUCAUGCUCCCAAAUUUGCCGAUUUCAAGGCACCCAUCCAAAUUCGGGAAGAUGUCGACAUAGGCACGGCCAUUGCUGUAAUCACUGCUACUGACAAAGAUGUUGGAUACGGUGGACGAGUACGGUAUUCGAUGUGGGAUGAUUAUUUUGCGAUUGAACCGGAGACGGGAGUGAUGACAGUGGCAGGAGAUUUGACGGAAUUGUUGACACCUGGUGUGAAAAUGCUGAGUCGAGAUGUGGAAGUGAUUGCUACGGAUGAGGGAACACCAAGGAAGAGCACGAAGAAGACGGUGAAAGUGCUAAUAGAAGAUGUCAAUAAUCAUGCUCCGCAGUUCCAAGAGCAUUGGUAUCGUCUCCAUGUCAGCGAAGACACCAAAGUUGGAACGGUAUUGCUGAAACUGACCGCUACCGAUGAUGAUGGAGGUGAUAAUGCAAAAGUUGGCUAUCGGUUAGCUGGAGGUGAAGAUGACCAUCUGAAAGUUGAUGAGAAGACCGGACACCUGACACUGAUCAAAGCUCUGGAUAGAGAGGCUAACAGUGUGUUACGACAUGCCGUAAUCGCAUUUGAUCACGGUGCGCCAUCACAAAUCUCGGCCGUAAAUCUAACCAUUGAAGUCGACGAUGUCAAUGACAAUGCACCUUUUUGUAUCGAGCCGAUCACUACUGUCCGAAUUCCCGAAGACUAUCCAGAUGGAGCACUUGUCGGAUGUGUCGCAGCAACCGAUCCUGACAUUGGACCAAAUGCUCGUCUUAGGUUUUCCCUAGAGCCAGAAGAAAACGGACUAGCGCCACCAUUCAAGAUUGAUCAUCGAACUGGAUGCGUUUUUAUCCACUCACCGCAUCAACCACUAGAUUUUCAGCGGAAAUCGGUGUAUAAUCUGUCCAUAGAUGUAGCCGAUAACGGAGAAGUUGUUCUGAGCACAACUUGUUCAUAUGUGGUUGAGUUGGAAGAUGUGGAUGAGAAUCUCCAUCCGCCAGAGUUUGAUGAUGUAGCGUUGGAGGCUAGCGUUUAUGAGAACAUGCCAGUUGGUACAGAAGUCAUCACUGUCAAAGCUGUAGAUCAAGAUAACCCUGUUGGAAUUGUCGAUUACAACAUCGUGGGAGGAACUGGCAUUGCCUACUUUGCCAUCGACUCUUCAGGAGCCAUCCGAACAUCUCGAGUGCUAGACCGUGAAGAACAAAGCACUUACUGGCUUACAGUAGAAGCUAAUGACAGUCCACAAAGUCGAGUGCCAAAAACUGGUGUGCUACAUGUAUUUGUUCGAGUUUUGGAUAAGAACGAUCAUCGUCCUGUGCCUCAGUUGCCAAUCUAUCAUGCCAGUGUGAAGGAGAACUCACCGCAGAACAUUGUCUUGGUGAAGAUUGAUGCAACCGAUGGAGACGAUGUGAACCAAGACUCAUCAUCGCUUUCGCUGCGAUAUAAGAUCUCUCAAGGUGAUCCACAGAGCUUCUUCAGGAUUGAUCAGCAUACGGGUUAUAUCACCACUUCCGGAUCUCGUCGCCUGGAUCGGGAAACUCAACGAGAACAUGAGCUUUGGGUAUCCAUUUGUGACUCCGGAGAACCCCAGCUCUGUUCAUCAGUCCCUGUGAUAGUCAGCGUAGAUGAUGUGAAUGACAAUGCUCCCACAUUCUCACAACCGAUUUACCAUUACAAUGUUCCCGCUGGUGUUACUGGAGUUGUGAGCAGGGUUUUUGCGAGUGACGUGGAUAUAGGCAAGAACGCAGAGUUGUUUUAUAACAUCACUGACGGAGAUUCGAGGUUUACUAUUGAUGAAAGUGGCUAUAUCUCGACGAAUGUGCCGUUGAAGGCCGAUGAGGUGGUAACUCUCACGAUCCAAGCCACCGAUCGAGGUUUACCAGCUCAAAUGACCCAAACCCGGGCAAUUCUCACCGCUGUAGCACUUUCUCAGAGGACGAAAGACGCUAAAAAUCAAGCUCCUAGCUUUGGAAAGAACGAUGGAAGGCAAAUUCCCGUCUCGGAUGCUGACCAGGUCGGAUUCACUAUCGCCAAGAUUGAAGCCGUGGAUCCAGAUGGAGACCCAAUUUGGUGGAGCAUCGUUGGAGGAAAUGUGAAUGAGACCUUCGCCCUAAGACCUGACAGCGGCCUCCUUCAACUGGCUAAACCUAUCGAGAGCUUAGCUCGGAAUGUCACUUCCAUCGUGCUGACGAUUGAAAUCACCGACGGGCAACUGAAUGCGACAUCUGAGAUUGCCGUUGAAGUCUCACGCUCACCCAUAACUCGACCUCAGUUUUCGGCACAACAUUAUAAAACACAGAUUUCGGAGAAAACUGCAGUUGGCACCCCGAUUUAUACCGUCCGAGCAAAGCCGCAUGGAUCAGGCAAAGCAGUGAAACCACUAGUAUACGGUAUCCAUUCGGUAGAGGACACCAACAUGGAGGACAAGCUGCGUGUGGAGCCAACGACUGGAAACGUGCUCAUCAUGGAAUCACUCGAUUAUGAAGUUUGUCGUGAAAUUCGUGCGAUUAUCUAUGCCCGUCAGGGAACACUCACCAACUAUGUCACAUUGACGGUGACAGUGACAGAUGAUAACGAUAAUGCACCAAGAUUUGUUCACAAGGACUAUGCGGUUACUCUGCCACUGAGAUCACCCGUCGGAUAUCCGCUUGUCACUAUCCUGGCUCAUGAUGCUGACUCUGGAGAGAAUGGAAUGGUGAAGUACAGCAUUAUCAGUGGCAACGAACUUGGCUUCUUCUCGCUAGAUCCAGUGCUUGGAACUGUUAGCCUUGCCAAACUUCUCCCUUCACAUCAUACUGAGUCAAUCCUGACCGUACGUGCAACUGAUGGUGGUAAAUACCCGCUCAGUGAUAUGGCAAAUGUCAAAAUUCGGACAGAUACCUACAGUGGUCAUGGAUUCAGAUUCACUAGAGAGCUGUAUCAAAGAACAGUGCGAGACACAACAGCGUUGGGAUCAGUACUGCUUGUGGUGUCAACCGAACCUAAUGGAGUAGCAAGAUACAGAAUGAAGAAGCCAUGUCCGCAUUUUGAUGUGCAUGCGGCUUCUGGAGCCGUGACAUUAAAACGUUGGCUAACGAAAGAACGAGCGAAAAGUGUCGCAUGUACGGUAAUAGCCAGGAACAGAGCCGGAGAAGAGGACACGACGAAGGUUCUCAUCAAAACAUCAAAUACGAACCAGCACUCGCCGAUCUUCAAACAGCAAGUCUAUCGAGGAUUUAUACGGGAGAAUAGCCCCAGUGGAUCUUCUGUUUCGCUGGCUGAUAACUCGCCAUUAUUGGUAGCAGCCACUGAUAAAGAUGUCGGUCCCAAUGCUCUGGUCGGUUAUCGCCUACUUAACCCUAAUGAGCCUUACUUUGUCGUGGAUUUUGUCACCGGAGCAAUUCGAACUCGGAAGCCAAUGGAUUAUGAGAAAAUCAAAGAGUGGAUCUUUUACGUGCAAGCUAGCGAUAUGGGUGAACCAAGGAGAACAUCCCCAAUUCCGGCAAUGAUCAUAGUGUCUGUCAUCGAUACUAAUGAUGAAAAACCGGUUUUUACUCAAAAACAAUAUGACGUUGACCUCGUUUUGCCUACUGUAGCCGGCACAAUUGUUGCUAAGCCAAUAGCGAAAGACGCAGAUACUGUAGGAAAGCUACGGUAUUCGAUCAAGGGCAAUGAUGUAUCUAAAAUCUUCGCAAUCAAUUCCACUGAUGGUGCGAUCACUUUGCAGACUGAUAACACUAAACUCUUCAAGGAGAACAGCUAUAAGCUGGACGUUUUGGCUUCUGAUGGCGUUCAUACAGCUUCGGUUCCUGUUUUCGUGAAUGUAAAGAACACAUCCGAGAAGAGCUCCGGGUUCAGAUUUCCACAGACUGAGUACCAUGGAAGUGUAAAGGAGAAUACGUCUUACGCUAUGGGAGAGUCUUUGAUUGCGGUUACGGCAGUGGGAGCACCAGAAGGCGCUAGUGUUACCUACAGUAUCCUGAACGAGCGAGAAGAGCUGUUUAUACAUGAAGGCACUGGAAUGAUAGCACUGACUGGGAAGCAAUUCGAUCGAGAAGCGGAGCCUGUUGUGCGACUGCUGGUACAGGCCCGUACCCAUGAAUCAGAACCACAGCUGGCCCAGACUGUUGUUUCCAUUCGAAUAGAUGAUGUCAAUGACUGCGUUCCCAUAUUUGUUGGUUUACCCUACGACGUCGUCGUCAGCUCUGAUGCCGCACUUGGGGACAAGAUCAUAACUGUGAAAGCAGUGGACAAGGAUAUUGGAAUGAACGGAAUCGUGCGUUACCAUAGUAAUUCCUUACCGAAGAUUUUCAAGCUGAACAAACAUGAUGGAAAGAUUACUGUAGGAGGAAAGCUGACCGAUGCCAAAGUUUACACUUUUGAAGUCAUAGCCACGGACCAAGGUGAGCCUCCACAAAAAAGUUCAGCAGUCGUUCGCGUGGAAGUCGUGGAAAAAGCAAGACCGAUUUUCUCCAAGAAGCAAUAUAGUGCAAGCGUUUCCGAAGCAGCGAAAAGAAAUACAAUCAUCACCAAAGUGAAAGCUGCAAGUAGUGUUGGUGGCCAUUUAAUGUACACCAUCGAACAAGGAAACGAAGAUGGCUUGUUUGAUAUUGAUAUGGAUACUGGAGCCAUAAGCGUGAAUGGAGAUUUGGACGCAGAAGAAACUUCUGUGCACAACCUGACUGUCAUGGCAAGAGAUGUAACGAGAAAUAGCUUGAACUCAACAGCUGUGGUUAAUAUUCAGGUCCUUGGUGUAAACGACAAUGGUCCAAAAUUCGAGCAUCUGAUCUAUCGGGUCAACGUGUCGGAAGCUACUCCCGUAGAUACGCAGCUGAUUACCGUAAAAGCAAUGGAUCCAGACGGAGACGGUGUAAUUACAUAUGGAGUAACUGGGAAAGAUUCAAAGGUUGUUCAUGUGGAUCCUGCUACUGGAGUAAUUCGAUUAGCACAAAUGCUGGAUUUUGAAAAGAAACAGCGCUACGAAGUCACUUUGGUGGCAGCAGAUGGCUCUCAGUUGACUGGUGAAGCAAAGCUAGUGCUAAUGGUCGAGGACGUCAACGACGAACCGCCAAAGUUCUCUACAUCGUUUGCUGCCGCUACAGUAUCGGAUACUGCCCCUGCUGGACAGUUCAUAGCGAUCAUGAGUGUCACCGAUGAGGAUACCGUAUCCUCGAUCGCAGAUGGGCAUCGACUCUUGUACUCUAUCAUCGAAGGUGACGAGACCCUAUUCGAUGUAUCGGAGCACAGUGGAGAAGUAAUUUUACUGCGAUCUAUCGACGCUGAUGACAUUGCGGGGGAUAAUCUGAAGAAAACGCUAAAUGUAUCCGUAUCGGAUGGGCUAUUUACUGCUUAUGGACAGUUGACCAUAACGAUUGCUGUGUCCGGACGUCGUCAGCCACCACCGCGAUUUGAACAAAGCCAGUAUGUGGUGGCAUUGAGGGAGAAUAAUGCGCUAACCAACAAAACAUCAAUCCUGACCGUCCAAGCACGUGACGGUGUUCCACCUCUUCAUUAUACCAUCGGAAAUGGAGAUUCUCGGACGAAACCGCUACGCAUCGAUAAGACUUCGGGAAGAAUCCAUCCAAAAAUCAUCUUCAACUAUAAUGCUCAACAUACCCAUAGAGUUCCUCUCAUGGUCGAAGAUGGUAUCGGUCGAAGAGCAUUCAGCACUCUUACCGUAAAUGUCAUUGAUGAAAACGAUAGCACGCCUGUAUUUGUCACCUCCAAGUAUUCCACCUCCGUAUCUGCCAGCGCUCGUGAAGGUGAAGCACUUCUCAUGGUAUCGGCUACGGACGAAGAUGUUGAUGAUGCCAUCGAAUACACCUUGCUGGGGGAUGAUAAAGUAGCCGCUGUCUUCAAAGUACAUCCUCGACACGGGACAUUGUCCGUUGCAGGACCGCUAUUGUCAUUUGUGGGAAAAACAGUGAAUGUCGCUGUAAAGGCAACGGAUCAGGCCAAUCCACCACAUCAUGCAACUGCCCAGGUUUCUAUUUCUGUUCUUCCCGAAGAUACGCCUGUUCCAAAAUUCACCAACAGCCAUUACUUAUUUGUGGUUGCUGAAGAUGUCGCUGUCGGAACUGUGGUUGGGAAGCUUCAGCAAACUGAGCAAGAUCUUACCGAUGUUCGUUUCUCCGUCUUCGAUCCUCCCGCAGAUUUUCCACUUACGCUGGAACGUUCGACUGGAAAGCUGAUUGUUCGACAGCCGCUGGACAAAGAAAAGAAGGAAGUCUGGCGAUUCGCCGCUAGAGCAGAAGUUGUCAGUGGAGCGCACUCUAUGGCGACAGUCACACUUCGUCUGUCGGAUGUGAAUGAUCAUGCGCCGAUGUUCCUUGGAGCUUACGAUCGCAUUUCCAUUAGUGAGGAUGCUCCAGUCGGAACGAGUGUGGCAGUCUUCUCCGCAACGGAUUUGGACAAAUCGCCCGGAGGAAUGAUAGCGUUUAGCUUGGCAGAGGACGAGAAGCCCAACAGUGCCUUUAAAAUUGACCAGGAGUCUGGCUGGCUGCUGGUAGCAUCACCGCUGGACCGGGAAACUCGUCCACUAUAUGAUUUGACUGUAAGAGCAACUGAUGAAGGUGGACUGUUCACGGAUCACAAGUUCAAAGUUGAGGUUACUGACGUCAAUGACGAACCUCCUCGCUUUGACGAGAACUUCUACAUCGUGAGCGUAGAUGCCAGUCACCUGACUAUCGGCCAGAUCAUAGCCAGAGUGGAGGUUACGGACAAGGAUCUCCCUCCCUUCAACAACACUCGACUAUUUAUCAGCCGUGGUAAUGACGAUGGACUUUUCAAGAUUGAUGAAUCUGGAAAAGUCUCCAUAGCUCGUCUCAACCAACACCUUAUUCGAGAGAAUUACAAUCUGACACUGUUGGCAUUUGAUGGCACUCAUGCCACCACUGCUCUGAUGAUGAUUACGUUACAUUCUGGAUCCUCCUCGAGCGCUUUCGAAUGUGAUCCGGAAAAGGGCAUUGAGAUCAAAGUUAGCGAGGAUGUAAAGAAAGGCACUGAAGUCCAUCAUGAGGAGUCACGCAUGGGUGUUAGUGGAUCUCGAUAUUUGUUGAUUUCAUCGGAAGUUUUGCCAUUUGCUGUGGAUCAAGAAACUGGUUCUAUCACUGUGCAAGGAGAACUGGAUGCAGAAACCAGGAAGAAGUACACCUUUACGAGACAGCUGGAAACCAAGAGUUCUGGAUCCACCUGCAACCAACAAGUCAUUGUCCACGUGCAAGAUGUGAAUGAUGAGACCCCGAAGUUUGUGAAGGACGAGUUUCUCGCUUCCAUUAAAGAGAACGAAGCCGCAACUGAAUCGGAGCGAAGUUUUGUCACUGCAGUCCAUGCUGUUGACAAAGACUCCGGAGCUUAUGGAAGAGUGCGUUACAGUCUGCUAGCUGACUACAGUGCUUUCGUCAUUGAUAGCGAUACUGGGGCGAUUAGCACAAUUCGACCGUUGGAUCGUGAAGUUACGCCUGAGUACGUGCUGACCGUAAUGGCACAAGAUUCCGAUCCUGUUAACCCGAGAAGCAGCAAAGCGACUGUGCGAAUUACCGUAAUCGACCAGAAUGAUAAUCCGCCUCAGUUCGAGAAGAACGAGUAUGUCCUGCAGGUUAUGGAAUCUGAGUCCGUGGGUUAUACCCUCGUAGCUCUCCGAGCUCAGGGAGGAGAUGCUGGCGAAAGCGUCACCUAUACCUUGGCUGAGAAUGGAACACAUAACUCGUUUGUCAGCUUGGAUAAGGAGAAAGGCAUUCUGCGACUGGCUAAGGGCUUGGACUUCGAGAAAGAGAAGCUGCUGUCGGUGACGGUGGUGGCAACAGACUCCGGAAAGCCACCUUUGUCUUCGGAAGCUGUGGUUACGAUACAAGUCCUGGAUGAGAACGAUAACAUUCCAAUAUUUGCUACAGAAAGCUACAAAUCGUCCGUUGAUGAGAAUGCUCCCAAUGGAACGAGGAUAUUGAAGGUGAAAGCUGUCGAUGCCGAUAGUGAACACUAUGGUCGUGUUGCCUAUUCCAUCAAGGAUGAUCCCGGCCCAUUCCAAAUUGAUGACAAUGGUUGGAUUACGGUAGUGGGCAUGCUUGACAGGGAGACAAACCCAUACCAUCGGUUCCAAGUUGAAGCACGUGAUGGCGGUGAACCACCGCAGAAGUCGUUGGUUACGGUACUGAUUGACGUGAAUGAUGUGAAUGAUAAUGCUCCAGUGUUUGCCGAUUGUAAUAUGACAGCUGUGGUACAGGAAGGAGUGAUGCCAGGGCAUGUGAUUCUUACCCUGUCCCUUAGUGAUGCCGAUGGUCCCCAGUACGGAGCGCCAUUCCGAGUGGAAGUUCGUGGAGAAGGAUCGAAGGCUUUCAUGGUGGAUGAGCAGUACAAUCUCGUCAGUGUGACUCGUUUUGAUCAUUCGAAGAGGGACAGAUUCUUGCUUACUCUAAUUGCCUACGAUAGGGGGAAUCGUUCCACAGACUGUCCACUGACAGUGUUUGUGAAGGAGGAAAGCAGACAUCCACCAAAAAUCACGCCCCUGAAAAUUGCCCUAAUGACACUGAUGGGAGAGUUCAAAGGAGGAGUCAUUGGAACGGUUCAAGCCAGAGAUGAAGAUUCUGGAGACAUGCUUCGAUACUCCAUAGUAGAUGGAAGCGUUGUGGGACCCCUUUCGACAGAAGCGCAUCCUAGAGCUCACGCUGUCAAACCCCAUCUAUUCCGAGUCGAUGCCAAGAGUGGAGAAGUCUGGAGCGAUUACGGUAUACCCGGAGGGCUCCAUGCUUUCAAUGUAUCCGUCACCGAUGGAAAAUUCACCACUGUCAGCUAUGUCGAAGUCGAUGUGAUAUCAGUCGAGCAAGAUGCUGUAGAUCACGCCGUCUCAGUCCGUCUGAAGGGAAUGACAGCGCUGGAAUUCUUCACUGAGCAUAUAAACACCUUCAAGUCGAUAUUUGCCCAACAUCUGAACGUGGAGCCACAGAAUAUCCAGCUGCUGAGUGUACAAGAAACACAGAGAAAACGCCUACCAAGGGCUAGCAAAAUCCUCAACUCCGAAAAUACCGAUCUGGAUAUUCUUUUUACCGUAUCCAGAGGAGGUGGUAGAGGAAUGCUGAAGCCGGAUCAUGUGUACACAAGGCUUAAGCACGACUUCCAGAAUAUCGCAGAUCAUAGUGGGAAAAUGAAAUACCAACUAACCACGGAAAUGUGCACCCCGGGUGUGUGCCAAAGAGGUGAAUGUCGUGAACGAGUCUACAUGAAUGAUCAACAGCAAACAGUCAUUUCCAUCGGAGGCACAGCAUUUGUUGCACCACAUCAUGAUCGGUUGGCGGAGUGUAUUUGCCCUGAAGGGUACGGUGGACAACGUUGUGAACUCGAAAUCAACGCCUGUGCUCGAUCACCAUGUGAAGCUUGGGAAAUGUGCGUACCCGGAGAUGAAGGUAGACACGAUUGCAUUUGUCCUCCGGGAACAACUGGAGAUCGUUGCGCACAACCAUCUUGCGAGAAUGAGGGACGUUGUUUGGAAGAAGCCGAACUGUCCGUCGGUGGUGAUGGCUAUUUUGAAAUGUCAAUCGCGCAUGAACUUGAGACCAGAAUGGAGCUUGAGGUAGAAAUGAAGACGACUACUCUCAAAGGAGUGAUUCUGCAUGCGCAUGGACCUAGCGACUACCACAUGCUAGAGCUCGUUGAUGGACGUGUCGUGUACCGGUGGGAUGCUGGUUCGGGUGAAGGAUCCGUUGCUACGGAUGCUUCGAUCGCCGACGCACAGUGGCACCGUAUUUCAGUGAGUCGUCGUGGUCGAAGAACUAGGCUGGUCCUGGAUGGAACCGACACGAAAGAAGGGUGGAGCUUGCCAGGCAGUGACGUCAUCAAUCUCUAUUCUGCCAGUCACCGUUUAUACUUUGGCGCCCGCGUCGAACGCGGCAACGGCUCGUCUAUCUCCAUCACCAACGCUAUUGUAGCGUGUUUCCGAGCGAUUUCUGUAGAUCGUAGAAGCGUCGCAAAGACCCGACAAGGACUACGGCUAUAUAGCGCGAAUACCGGAUGUCGUGCCAUGGCUGCGACACCAUGUUCGGAAGCUCCGUGUAUUAAUGGAGGAUCGUGUCAUGUUCUGGGCCGGACCUAUCAAUGCACUUGCCCUUCUCGAUACACUGGCAUCAACUGCGAGAUCGAUUCCGAUCCCUGCGGGUCUCGUCCCUGCCCUCUGGGCAUCCAAUGUAUCCCAUUCUAUAACGAAUACCUAUGUAAAUGUCCAAACGGCUUCACUGGGAAGAGAUGCGAGAUCCGGGGAUACGAUAUCGACGAUGCUUGUGCUACCGAACCAUGUGGAGAGCAUGGUACAUGUAUACCCAUACCACGACAACAUGCGCAUAAUUUGGGUUACAUCUGUAAUUGCACACAUGGAUUCUCUGGAAAGACCUGCGACGACGUUGCGCCUUCAUUCGUUACUCGAAUCUCUUUUGUGGAGCUAAUAAUCGCUCUAGCCAUACUGGUCCUCAUAAUAGCUGUGAUUUUUGCGAUUCUCAUGGUUUGUAGAUGCUUGAAAACGAAGAGCGAGGAUACCAAGUAUGGAGAGCAUAUCCACUCCGUCACACAUAUGCGAAAUCCUCAUGCGCCACCACCGGUUGUGACAGCUCCGCCUCCUCUACCACCUCGCGCAUUCCGUGGAGGAAAUCAAAUGAUAUCUAACCUUGAACAAGCACAACUGACUGGUUUGCCGACUGUACAGGUUCGUCCAUUACCUCAGCGUGAACGGUUGUCGUCAUGCGGAAGAACAGAAUCGCGGUCACCAUCGAUAGCCGGCUCUGGGAAACCAUGGAAGCGAGUCACGGAUUACGGUAGCGCGGGAGAUGAUCUAGACGAGUCUGGACGAGGCUCUCACGAAUCCUCUGCACUGGAAGCAUUGCGCAGGUUUGGUUUUCGUGUUCCCGAAGAAGAAGAUGAAGACACGAGUAACGCCGUUGGCAGGAAUCGUGCUCAGAAGACAGAUAGAACCUCGGCGAUUACUCGAGAUGCGCUGUCUUCGCUGAGCCAGGAGCGGCAACCAUUGGCAGAUUCGAUUCAGUGCUUACCCACCACGGAAGAAGACGAGGGUGGAGAGAAAUGGGGUGAUGGGGUUGAUCGUAUUGGAGCAGCCAUACAAAUGGAGCGAUUAAGGAUCGAAUCGCUUACGGGUCGCGUAAAAGUGGGAGAGACGGUGUUGAGUCCAGUGAUCAACGACGAUGACUACAUGACGAUGCGCCCACGUCGAAGUGUUGUACCCGUCGCAUCCAGUGAAUCGCAGCGGCGACCACUUUUGGAUAAUGGUGACGAUAGUGAUGGCAUGGAUGGACCCGAACUGACGCAUUCAGCUCCGCCACCACCUAGUCAUAAGAAUCUUCUGUUCAAUUCUCGAGUCUACGACGAUCCUCCAUAUCGUGGAGGCGGUGAUACAGAUUCAUUAGCGACAUCAGCAAUCUGUGACAUAGAUGCUAGCGAUUCCGAAGAUCUACCCAUUGAUGCUGUAUUAUAACACACAUGUACUGCCAUAAUCUUCUCUUCAUGUACUACUUUUUCGUACUUGUACGAUCCCCCUGUGAUUUUUGCGGGCAUUUUUGCAACGUUUCCUUUUCUUUCCUUCAUCAUGUGUUUUUGUUAUUGUUGUCUCGUCUGCGUGCUUUCCUACAGCCAAGUAUUAUUUUGACACUUUUGCGCUCGCCACUCAGGUCUCUUCUACAAAAAUGACCCUUUCACUUUACAUCCUGUUGUUCCUGCCGUAUUGUUCAUAAUUGCUUUGAGUUCUCCAGGCUAGGUGCUUUCUCUUUCUCAAAGCCUGGAUUGUUUUAACAUUGUUUAAUAGUUCCUGUAAAUGUCAAAGUUCAAGUAUUCUAGGCACUAAUGCCAACAACCGUUGAGAGUUCACAACUCAAAGUUACAAAAAGCAUGAAUAUGAGUUGGCGUUGUAUGAGAUUACAGGUAUGUAUUAUAGGUUGACCUCACACAAAAAACAGUCACUUCCGUAAUUAUCGAUUAGUAUCUCGGAAUGUUAUGUUGUCCAUUAAUAAAGCGUUUACUGUA